GUCUAUUCGCUCGUCCAGAUUAUUCCAAAGAAUACUGAUGAAUUACGAGUUUUGUCUGAUCUCUACAUUAAUGACGACGAAAUGACAGAUUUUUGGAAGCCUCCAAUAGCGGUUAAUGAGUCGGUGGAUAUUAUGGUUUAUCCAGGAUAUCAGAAUAAAUUAGGCAAUCUGUUUAAAAAGCAUGCAAUCAAAUUUUACGUUGCCGUCGAUGACGUUGCUCAAUAUUUGCGUAACAGUAACGAGGCAGCACUGAGUCGUAGGAAAUUGUUAGACGGGCAAAAACGAUUUCGUGAUGAUAGUUCGAACAUUGCGGAACUACAUAUGGGCGAAUAUCACUCCUACGACGACAUUGUUCGGUGGCUAAAAAGCUUGGAAAGGCGAUAUUCUGAUAUUGUUAAAGUCACAUCCAUUGGAGUUACACCCGAGAAACGAACUAUUUACGGAGUCAGGGAUUUCGUCGACUUCAAAACAAUUAGCAUUGUAGCUCGGCAGGCAGCACGCGAAUUCGACACGGGUCGUGUGGAUUGA